AUGAAGUCUCAGCAGUACUUCGGCUCCUUGUCCAAGGGCGUGGCCUUGGUGACCUCUUUGGCUGCCAAGGUCGUGCUUGGUCAGAACAGCUCCGACUUCACGACCCAAUGCACGAGCCUCGCCGACACCCUCGCCAGCACGAUCCCCAACGCGACGGUCCAGUCCACCGUUCCAGUCACUGCCGGCACAAACCUCACAUUCAACGUUGACCCUACCUGCGACCCGGCAUACCAGGUCGUCGACAGUGAUGUCUGCCGAGUGUCCCUGUUCGUGCCUACCUCUGACCGGUCCAACAUCAGCAUGGAGGUGUGGCUGCCCCCGGCCGAGGCUUGGUCAGGUCGUUUCCUGAGUACUGGUAACGGCGGCCUGGGUGGCUGCAUACCGUAUGAGGAUUUGGCAUACACGACUGCUCUUGGUUUUGCCGCCGUCGGUACCAACAACGGCCACGAUGGCAACAAGGGCGACGCGUUCUACAACAACGAGGAGGUCGUGCUUGAUUUCGCCUACCGCGCGAUGCACACUGGUGUUGUGCUGGGGAAGGAAGUCUCGGAGGCUUUCUAUGGAAAGCCGCAUGACCGGUCGUACUACCUCGGAUGCUCUACCGGCGGUCGCCAGGGUUUCAAGGAAGCCCAGGAUUUCCCAGAUGACUUUGAUGGUCUUGUCAUUGGCGCUCCGGCCUUGGCAUUCAACAACCUGUCCUCGUACUCUGGCUCUUUCUACGUCAAGACUGGCCCGGUGAACUCAUCAACCUUUGUGCCACUGGACUUGUGGCCAACCAUCCAUGAGGACAUUCUCCGGCAAUGUGAUGGUAUUGAUGGCUACGUUGACGGCAUCCUUGAGGACCCAUCUCUUUGCAACUACCGCCCCGAAGCCCUCAUCUGCGCCGGCAACUCGACCAACUGCCUGACUGGCGAGCAAGCCAACACUGUCCGAGAGAUCUUCACCCCCAUCUAUGGGUCAGAUGGGCAGAUCACAUACCCAGCGAUGCAGCCUGGCUCAGAGGACCUCGCCCCAAACAUCUACUACAACGGCGAGCCCUUCAAGUACACAACCGGCUGGUUCCAGAAUGCCAUCUACAACGACAAGAACUGGGACGCAGCCACCCUCGGCCCCAAGGACUACGCCUUCGCACACGCCAAGAACCCCGGCAACGUCGAGACCUGGAAGGGCGACCUCUCCGCCGUGCGCGACAGGGGCUCCAAGAUCCUGCACUACCACGGCGGCACGGACGCCAUCAUCUCCAGCUUCAUCUCCCCCCGGUACUACGACCACGUCUCCCGGACCAUGAACCUUCCCUCUUCGGCCCUGGACGAGUUCUACCGCUUCUUCCGCAUCAGCGGCAUGGGCCACUGCACGGGCGGAGUCGGCGCGUCGUUUAUCGGGCAGAAGGCCGAGGCUAACGCCACCCUCGACCCGGAUGGCAACGUCUUGAUGGCGAUGGUCCGCUGGGUCGAGGAGGGCCAGGCCCCUGAUAGCAUCUUGGGCACGGCGUAUGUCAACGAGACCAAGGACUCUGGUGAGAUUGCGUUCCAGAGGAGGCACUGCAAGUAUCCUCUGCGGAAUGUCUACUCGGGUACCGGGGACGCAACGAAGCCAGACAGCUGGAACUGCCCCAAACUCGUUGUCGUCGUCGGCGCAACCGGCAACCAAGGCGGCUCCGUCGCCCGGCGAUUCCUCCGCGAGGGGCCCGACCGGUUCCGUGUCCGCAGCCUGACUCGGGACCCCGGCAGCGGCCCCGCCAGAGACCUAGCCGCCCUAGGCGCGGAGGUGGUCCGCGCCGAUCUCAACGACGUCCAGUCCCUCGAGGCGGCCUUCAAGGGCGCCAACGUCAUCUUCAGCGUCACGAACUACUGGGAGCCGUUCUUCCCGCCUAACAUCGAGGCGAGCCGGGCGCAGGUCAAAGCGCUGGGGCUGGGUGGCGUGAGGGAGUAUGCCGGCCGUGUGGAGCUGGCGCAGGGGAGGAACAUCGCUGACGCCGCUGCUGCGACGGUGGACUCGCUGGAUGCGAAUGGGUUUAUCGCCUCGACACUGAGUCAUGCUGGGCGGUGUAGCGGUGGGCGGCUCAAGGAGCUGUACCACUUUGAUGCCAAGGCUGAGGUUUUCCCUUACUACGCGAGGGAGAAGCAUCCGGAACUGGCGGCCAAGAUGAGCUGUGUCCAGACGGGGUAUUUCAUGACGAGCCACCGGAUCCUGCCCAACUCGUACUUUGUCAAGGUGCAGGACGGCAGCUUCGAGAUGCGCUUUUGUACUGACCCAGGCCGGCUUGUGCCCCAACUAGACCCGGUCGCAGACAUGGGUACCUUCGUCUAUGCCGUGUACCAGAUGUCCUCGUGGUGCGGCAAGGAGUACAUGGCAGAAGGCACGACGUGUACCUGGCCUGAAUGGAUUGCCGCGUGGAGCAAGGCGACUGGCAAGCCGGCUAGAUUUUGCGAGGUGACAAGAGAAGUCAUGGUGAAGGCCUGUGGGGACGAGGACUUCGGAGGAGAGAUUGCUGACAUGUACGAUUACGCAUCUAAUCCGGGGUAUGCCGGAGGAAAGACAUUGCUGAGGGCGGUGGAUCUGCAAAAGCCCUCGCUACUCGCCGAAGAUACCUCCACCGUCUUUGACUCCGAACUCACCGCCGAAACAAGCCCUGGGCGCUACGUUCAUUCGCAUGACGGCGUCGACGAGCACACCACUACCCAGUAUGAGCCCUAUGUCCGAAUCACUGGAUUUGGUAUCGACUACACAGACUGCGACAAUGUUACAUUCCCUGGCUUUAGACCUAUGCGACACUACUUGACUCGCGAAGCGGCCCGUUACUUGGUGUCUGAACGCCGUUGGUCUAACCAAGGCGAUUCUGUCGACAUCGUCGGCCAGAAGAACGUGAUUAUCAUUUUCGCUUGCUUUGCCACAAUCGAGGAGUGUUUGCUGGACGAGAAGUCCGAGGAUGAGCUUCGGGUCGCUGGACCAUUCAAGGCUCUGAUGAGCCUGCUGGGUAUCCGCCACACCCCCAAUGGCCUCCCUCGUAGCCAUAUGUUCCUCUGUGGAAUCCAAACAGCAUUUGUCAAGAGUCGUUCUGCAGUGAUCAAUUUCCAUCUGGAAAACGGCAAUGGACCACCACCGGAGCCAAGCGAUCUACCAGGACUGGGCAGGAUGCUCCUUGAUGUUAUGGACAGACACAUUGCAUUCCUGCGGACCAAGAAACCACUGGCUCGUCUCCGCGGGUCGAUGCCUUUCGAAGAGCUGUUCAGACUCCGUCUGGACCAGGUUAAGAACCAGCUGUGCAACAAAAAAUGUGUUGAGCAGUGCUGCUUUACGACCUUUGUCCCCACCAUUCCUGCUCACCAGCAGACAUCUUGGCCACGAGCGGGGAUGGCCACGUCAUGGGAGGCUGCUCAGGCAAAGCUGAUUGCAGAGCAGUCGAAACUGGCAAAUUUGCCCACGGCUGGCCCCACCGGCGUCACUGGCAUUUUCGGAGCCGAGCCUGACGUGCUUCUGCAACGCCAAGAUAUUCGUUCUCUGAUGACCAUUGGCUUGUUGCUGAUCCGCGACCAGUGGAACGUGCGACAUCUUACCAACGACUCUCGCCAGAAGAUCUUGGGCGACAUCCAAGAUGAGCUGCGCCUGAUCGAAAACGCCGCUGACCGAGCCGACGAGUGGGACAAGAAACAUCCACUUUCGCUUGAGGUGAUCAGACGCCGCCUACACCGUCGUCGCGCCGACGAACUUAGCCCGCAGCGGACACGUAGCCCAGAGCGUUCUCCAACGCCUCCUGCUACAGCACCACCGCGGCGAGUGUCUGAGUCGCCGAGGGCUGUGCAGCAAGACGAGCCGGCUCCCAAGGGUAGGGCCUCAUGCGAGGCAAAGCGGACACCCACUCCUGGGGGCGCCGCGUGUGGUAAAACCGCUGUGGGCAUGGCCCCCACGACAGAUGGAGCCUGCCGCAUCAGCGAUGCAACGGAGCCGUCAACAAUACCGGAAGGCCUGCCGGGGCCACCUGGAGUGCAACGCCAAGAGCAGAAUCCGUCAAAUCCCGCCGACACCGCCUCAUGUGAAGCGAGGCGGGCGUCAGAGGACACCACACGUAGCGCAACUGCUGAGAUAGCCAACGCGGUAUUGUCUGGGACUCGCCGCGAAAUCGUCACCGUCGACGUGCAACGUCCUCCCGAAGGCAUCGAAAGCGAGCAGGGCGGAGGAGACGUUGAAGCCACGCAGGCAUCCAACGGCAAGCAAGGUUCUCCUCCCCCUCUGCGAUGCCAGGACCCCGUCAAGCUCAGGCGAAGUCCAAGGAAGGCCGUGCCACGCCGCAGGAUCACGGACUUGACCGAGGACGAGGACGCCGAUAUGGCGGGGACCGGCGGGGACCGGCGGCAAGAACAACUCUCGAACCGGUCUGCGCCACCGCCGUCGUCGUCACGUGAAAAGGAGCAAGACAAUGGCGGCGAUGAUAUCCAACUACCACCGCGCAAGCGGCGCAGGACCGCUACUGGACGGCAGAUUCGCUACGUCGGCAACACCCCCGGAUCACGACUAGUUCACACAUCACAUCUCACCCAAGAGCACUCACGCCGCAACAUCCCUAGUCUGCCAUACUCUCAAGGCUCCGACAGUUCCGACAGUGAGACUCCCCAAGCAGCCUUCCAGCAAUGGCCACUCAGCGAUGCAGUUCUUAAACGCGCAGUGAUAAACGGUAAAGCCACCUUCCAGGAGCCUGCCGUCCAACACGCUAGCCAAAAGCCACCUUCCGAAGGGGCGAAUGCGAACAAGGACUGCCUGGACACUUGA